UGAAGAGGCCAAUUAAGGUAAUGUUUUUGGACUGUGGGAGGAAGCCAUAGUACCCGAAGAAAAUCCUCGGAGGAGUAGGGAGAACAUGCAAACUCACUGCAGAAAGAUCUCAGGGUGGGGUUUUUAACCCAGGGGUUUGCUGAUUGGCUACAGUGCUAUCAACUGUGCAUUAAUAUUAAUAUGUUUAUAGCGUAAUAUGCUUUUAGUAUAUUAUUUAUCAUUUCAUUCUUAUCAAUUUGUUGACAAUUAAUAAGAUCCAGGCCUUUUGAAAAUACGCCAAAUAUAAAAUGCUGAGCCGAACAACGUAAUGAAGGCCUGUGGCCAGCAGGGGCCGCUGUGGCUGAAGCUGCAGGCGCUGGCUCGUCCACUGGGGGGCGGUGUUGCGCAGCUCUCGGCUGGAAGCCGUUCCUUCCACACAAAUGGCGUCUCCUCGCUGAGCAGCAGCUGAUCCCCGACGGAGCUCGGCAGCAGGGACGCAGGAGAGGUAAACACGCCGCCCCCGGAUUUCCGUGCUGCAGAAGAAGUCGCUCUGUUAUUUUCUGCGGGAUCCGCGUCGCAUCCUGACGGCUGGACGUUGCUUCCCCCCCUCCUUCCCCGCCCCCGGAAAUCGAGAGUCAAAGCGCCGCCGUUCCGGUGUGAAAACAACCCCCUCCCCGGUGAAGAGGAGCGGGUCCGCCGCAGCCGGGGCUGCCCGCUUCUCGCUCUUGUUCUCGGCGGUCGCUGGCGUCCUUGCUGCGCGUCGCGGGGGCCCGGAGCCAGGCGCCGUCUGGCCACAGCAGCAGGUCAAAAGAUGGGCAUCAGCCCUCCACGGACGGCCUCCUCCUCCACCUGAUGGACUGACCGCUCGGCAGCGUUAAUCCAAAUCCAGGAGAUCAUCUUCUCAGCGCUCCUGAGGCCACACCGUCGACACGGCGUUAUCCCAGCCAGCCAGCUCUGUGGGGGGAAAGAUGACCACGGCACGGUACCGGCCCACGUGGGAGUUGGCCGUGGACCCCCUGGUCUCCUGUAAGCUGUGCCUUGGAGAGUUCCCGCUGGAGCAGAUGACCACCAUCACGCAGUGCCAAUGUGUCUUCUGCACUCUGUGCCUGAAGCAGUAUGUGGAGCUCCUGAUUAAAGAAGGCCUUGAAACUGCAAUUAGCUGUCCUGACUCUGCCUGUCCUAAAAGAGGACAUUUGCAGGAAAAUGAGAUUGAGUGCAUGGUGGCCACAGAGAUGAUGCAGAGGUAUAAAAAGCUUCAGUUUGAGCGCGAGGUUCUGCUGGACCCGUGCAGGACGUGGUGCCCCUCAUCCACCUGCCAGGCCGUGUGCCAGCUGAAGGAAACGGAUCCUCCAGCUUCGCCCCAGUUGGUCCAGUGUGCCGUCUGCGCCCUGGAGUUCUGCUCGGCCUGUAAGGCCAGCUGGCACCCCGGGCAGCCCUGUCAGGAGAGCAACCUGCCCGUCGCCUCCUUCCUCCCCGGAGAAAACAGCUCUUUUUACAAGAACGAAGAGGACGACGCCCCCAUCAAGCGCUGUCCCAAGUGUAAGGUUUACAUCGAGAGAGACGAGGGCUGCGCACAGAUGAUGUGCAAGAACUGCAAACACGCCUUCUGCUGGUACUGCCUGGAGUCCCUGGAUGAUGACUUCCUGCUGAUCCACUACGACAAAGGACCGUGUCGGAACAAACUGGGCCACUCCAGGGCGUCUGUAAUCUGGCACAGAACGCAGGUCGUGGGGAUCUUCGCGGGCUUCGGCCUGCUCCUGCUGGUCGCCUCGCCCUUCCUCCUGCUGGCCACCCCCAUCGUCCUCUGCUGCAAGUGCAAGUGCAGCAAAGGCGACGACGACCCGCUGCCGACCUAACGGCCUCGGCGGUCGUCGACAAGGACGGGUCUCAUCUUAUUUCUGUCAACUUUUGCCACUUUCCAUUCUUUUCCCUCCCGCCGGCUUUGAGAGAGCUUGUUUUUUCCCCCUGAGCUCGGUCUGAAGCCGCCCCGGCCGCUUUGGGAUCCAUCGCUCUGCAUGAGGAGGCUAGAGCAGACGGGCGAGAGAGGAGCCGCUGAGCUGACUCCUUCUAAAGGACCGCCGCUGUUGCGGAGACGUUGGAGGUUUGGAGACGGGAAGAUCUGCUCUGUUUUUUUUUUUAUUUUUUUGAUGUUGUGAUUACUGUGGGCGAUGCGUACGAACGGACGCUGCCACCGCCUGCAGAAGGACCUGUGCUCUGUUGCUCUGUGUUGGUUUGCUGUAAACUCAAAAGCUUCUCCUUCCCGCCACACUCCAUGUAGCUCCGCGGACGCAGCCAGUAGCAGCGGCGGCUCGCGGUCCACUCGGUUCAGUUCGCACACUGAGCACGGCGAGAGAGGGGAGGCCGGCGUCGCCCUCAGCUCUCUGUACAGCACGUCCUCUCGAUGAUGUCAAUGUUUUAUAAUCUUGCGCUUUUAGUAGAACCGUGCUGAGAGUCGUGUGUGCGUGUCUUGUAUCUCAGUCUUUUUUUUUUUAGCGUUCCAGGCCGAUGUAUUAAAGAGGACUGCCACUCCACUAUAAUAAAUACUUUUCUUUUUGUAGAUAAACUAAAACGUUACCCCUAAGCUCGUUUUUAGGUGUUAACGCUCUCUUGUUCGGGUCAUCGCCUGGAACCCGUCAAGAUGGCCGACCUAACGGUUUCCAAACCGAGUGGCGCUCCCCUUUAAGUCUAGCAGGGGCUCUUUGUCUCAGAGGACUUUAUAUUCACGUUUUUUGUCUUAGGACUUCAAUCAAAGUGUUCAGGCCUGAGAUGAACGUUUAGCCAAAUAGAAAUGGAAAGCCUUAAACGGCCUAAACCCGGGAGCUUCCCCGGUGCAUUAAGAGAAAUCAGCCCAGGGAGAGCGUGAUGCUGAGCCCUUUACGGUCACUUGAUUCUAUGAUGUCAUCAAUGUGUCACUAUGUUAAUAGUCGUUGUGCAAAAAAAACAACAACA